UUUUCCGCCCGGGGCCCGGAAGGGUGAUGUGGCUGGGGCUUCGCCGGCCUCACUAUGUCUGCCAUCUUCAACUUUCAGAGUCUGUUGACUGUAAUCUUGCUGCUUAUAUGUACCUGUGCUUAUAUUCGAUCCUUGGCACCCAGCGUCCUGGAUAGAAAUAAAACUGGACUAUUGGGUAUAUUUUGGAAGUGUGCCAGAAUUGGUGAGCGGAAGAGUCCUUAUGUCGCAGCAUGUUGUAUUGUGAUGGCAUUCAGCAUCCUGUUCACACAGUAGCUUGGAACAGUGCCAGAAAUUAAUCACCAUCAGAUUUCAAUAUGAAAAAGGACUUACCUACAGAAAAUAAUGGGAAGAAUGGUUAACCUUUUUCAUCUCUGAACAUUGAGGGAGAUAUAUUUCCAGCGGCUGCUCUCCAUUUCUAUGGUAUUGGACCAAUGUUCUAUAUAAAUAUGAUGUAACCAUUUUGUACUCAAGAGUUUAAUAUGUCUCUAACAAUCCAUCUCAGUAUUGACACUACAAUAUUACAUUCUGCAAUGUCAUUCUGUUCUGUUCAAUACCAAUUUUUUGUGAGAUAUCUAUCUCUAAGGCAACUAGUAAACAAAAUUGGUCAGUUGUACUAAAUUCUUUUCACUGUGAUCUAGAAAUGAUGUCUUUAUAGAGUCUUGAGACCUUUUGGACUAGCUUUUUUACUGAGAGGAAAACUUGUUCCACAAGUGUUGGUCAUGAUUGCUUUCAUGGUUAAUCAUGCUUGCUGCUCUUCUGCUGCUGACCCCAUUGUGGAUGCACGUGAGCCAGAGUACCUCUACUCUCAGCAAACUCUAGUUUACUACUGUUUCUGACGCUUUCAAAGACUAUGCAUUUCUUGAGGGACAUAAACAAGGUGUGACUUCAGAGUUUUAGGAUAGUGUUCUUGUUUCGAAGAAGUUUAGGUUAACUGGUAUAGUAGCCACUGAAAUUUCUGGUUUAGUACAGAUAAACAAAGGUCUGAAGUAUAAAUUUGACCAGCUCACUAUCUCCAAAAAAGACCCUUUUUUAGAAUAAAAUAGAAGAAUUAUAGAAUAAUGAUCCCAUAUGUGUUUUUCAUUCUUUUUUGUUUGACCUUUCAAAAAUGAAAGAAUUUUAAUUGCCCCAAAAUACAAUCUGUAUUUUUGUUUUCUGUUUUAAAUACAGCACUUUAAAUCUAGCUUACAUUUUCGGUCCUUUUGAACUGGAAUCUCAUGGUUAUUUACUUCUGUAUGUAGUAGAUGCUGAGAAAAAAAUGUUCAAAUAUACUUAUCCAUACGACUUGACAUAAAUGUCUUUGAUUUUUAAUAACGAAAGUAGGUUUUAAGUAAUUUUCAGUGUAGGUAAGAGAAAUAUUGGGCAUGGAGCCCCGCAUCUGUGUGAGAGGGCACCAUCAGGACAAUUCCAUACCAGUGCCUGAGGGUCAGCCACUUGAAUAGGACAUGGAGAACAAAAGAUCAGGCACAAAACCAUGAUGGGUUGCAGAUCAGAAUACCACAGUUGCAGGUGGGAUGAGAGAAUUGGAAAGUGGCCGUGAUUGGUAUACAUACAAAAGCUUAAGCUUCAACCAAGGUAUUUAGGAAGUGAUUCAGCCAUGGUGGUGCCGUUCCAUCCAGUUGGCUCCAAUUCAUAACGUGCCCUACCUACAACAGAACAAAACCCGUCUCGGUCCUGAGCCGUCCUCAUAAUCCGUUCUUAGGCUUGAGCCCAUGGUUGCAACUACCAUGUCAAGGUCGUGGGAAAAUUCCCGUUUCCCCCACGUUUCUUCCAACUUCUUGGUGCCUCUUGUGUUUUGUUGUUUUUAAAGAGCUGAAUAGACUGAUGUUGUGUUGGUUUAUUUUAUGUUUUUUGACCUGUUUUGAGUGGUUAAAAGUAGUAAGUAUUUUUGUUUUCAACAGAAACCAGGUUUUGAUGAUUGUUUCUACUCUGAAGUGCCUCUUGGGUCAAGUUUUUCAAGGUACUCUAACAAUAGGAGUCUGUCAUCAGCAUAUGUAUGCAGAGUACGUCAUCUUUCUGGGUAGCAAUCUGGUAUCUGACCUUGGCUCAACUGGACUUUCCAGAAUAUUUUGUCAACUGUGGUAGAUGCUGGUGCAAAUCUAGGAAGACAAAGGACCAACUUUCUAAAUCAGUAGCAUGACGUUAUGGAUGAAGUAGGUGGAAACAUGAGGCAGAAAUGGCUUCUCUGGAAACUGGUAAAGUAGAAAACAUUUUGCUGUGUGUCAACAGUGGGAAGUAGCUUAUUUCCAACCCCAACUAUGACCUUUUGAAGCACAAACUCUGAGAAAUGGGAAAAGACACAAGGAUUUCUGAAGAAAAGCAAUUAACAUUCUCUUUAAUGUGUUUACUUCAGAGUUACCACUGAAUCCUCUUCCGUCAGCCAAAGGACAGUAUGUAGGUAGCUUUAACCCCACAGAAUAUUCAGAUACAAAGGAUUAGAGAUCCACUUUAGCCCCAAUUGCCAGCCUCAGUCACAGAACCCUGUUGCAGGGCUAAGUGCCGAAUGAUGCAUUAAAAGAGUGAGGGAGGGGGUUUGAAUCCAAUGUCUUGUGCUUCUAUACAAGGCUCUGUCUUCCAUGUUCUUACAUUCACAUUUGGCAUGGCCCUAUCAUGCUAAGGAGAACUUACAAGAAACACAUUCAUCUCAGUAAUAGGUAGAUUACUUACUUACUCUUAUUUGAUUUUAAAACAUGAAAACAUUUGACUGAAGUUGUUUCUUCAAAAUGAAAGUUAGAAAAUGAUAAAGUCUCUAGUUUUUCAAAAAGACAACCAUAUUAACAAUAAACUAUUAAAAGAGCAAAGAAGGCAUUUAUACAAAGUGCAUUGGGAUAGCAUUUUUUAUUUUGAUAAGCCCACAGUUCUGGCAGAUAUCGAAGAAGAAUUAGCAAUCCAAUCAAAUAAGUGAACUUCUCAACAGGGAAACAAUACUUUCAUUCAACUGGGGUGGGGUAGGGGGUGGGGACAGUAAUUGGGAAAAGAAGGAAAUAUUUAAAACAUGUAGCCAUGUGUAAAAGUGGUGCUUCAAGAGCAAAGCAUUUGCUACUUAUUUAGAGACAAACUUCAAAAAUUGGAUUGAGGUGGACCUUCCAGGGUCUUGUGUUUGUCUCACUGCAUUACUUUAAAAUUGAAGUUAAUAAGUAGUCCUUGCCGGCCUGACUCAGAACUUAAGGGAAAAACUAAAACCUCCCUUUGUAUGUGUGGAUAAAUAAAGUUGAGUAUCUGCAGACCCACCCGAUUGAGACCAGGAAUACAAAUGUACACUUGAAAUCCAUUGGUAUGGGUAUGUAACACAGAUAACUAGCCAGUCGAUGGUUAGGAAAACUAUAUUUUCUAGAUACCAAAAGCACCCACUCAGCUUCCCCCAAAGUAGUCACUAUGCUGUCUACUUUUCCUGGCUGUGCACACACAAAACCCAUGCCAUUAAGUAUGGAUUUGUGCUCCUGUGAAAGCCCCUCGGACACUGCCAGACCUUAAGAAACUGAAAACAAUGAAAGGUUCUUGUUUACCACAUUUCACAUUUGGUCUCCACUAACGAUGCAAGUUCAAAAUGCAACUCGCUGACUAAUGCCAGCGUUAUUAAUACUGCCCAGCCCCGUUACUCUCAAUCAGCAGAUCUGGCUUCCGAGAAAGAGCUGCUUAAUGCUGUCAUUUUAACACUGCUAUUCAGUUUCUUUUCCCUUACCCUAUGGUAAUUGCACAGUAGGAUCUGAAAAUCCACUCUUAAUAUCAGCUAAAAAGGAGGAACAUGAAACUAAGUUUCCUAUGAUCUCUUCAGUGUGGUGAAUCAUCGUAAUCUGACUAGUGCACAUCUAUAGUCUGUAAUAAAGGUCAAAAUGAACUCA